UGAUAAGGUGCGAGUCAAGAGAGAGUCUGAUACAAAGCUCGCCCACGGACUUUACAACGGCGGUCUCAUGCGAGCAGCGAAGAUAGAUUGGAGGACUUCGACAUACUUCGGAAUGCUAAUGCUGCUGCUUCUCGCUCUGUUGUUGCACAACGUCUCCUCCAGCCCUUUGCCAGGACACGAUGACAACCCGCAAGUGGCACACGAGCCGUACCUGUACCCCGUGUACAACCUGAAACCCCAAGCAACUGUAGACGUACAAGAAUCUGCCGUGCGUAGCCUUCUGCGGCGGCUCGUCCCUCGUCAAGAGCCCCAGUUUAGAAUCCGGGUCCAGCCGGAUACAAAAAACUGCACCGAGGCAUUUCUGAUAGAAGGCGUAGGUGAUAAAGUUCAAAUCACUGCCACCAGUGGCGUGACGGCUGCUGCUGGAUUGUACUACUAUUUAAAAUCUUUCUGCGGUGCCCACGUUUCUUGGUCGGGCAAGCAGCUGCACACCGUGCCUGACAUUCUCCCUCUGCCUAAGAAACCACUUACAAAGACCCUCAAUGAUAAGUUCCGCUAUUACCAGAACGUUUGUACGGCCAGUUAUUCCAUGGUAUGGUGGAACUGGACCCGUUGGGAGCAGGAAAUCGACUGGAUGGCACUCAAUGGCAUCAACUUGCCCCUUGCCUUCACCGCGCAGGAAGAAAUAUGGCGGAGGACGUACUUCAAGUUCGGCCUGCGGCAAUCUGACCUGGAUACCUUCUUCACCGGCCCAGCAUUUCUUGCUUGGCAAAGGAUGGGAAACCUGCAGGGUUGGGCAGGCCCACUACCAGACUCCUGGCACACACAGCAAGUAACGCUGCAACAUAAAGUUCUGAAGCGCAUGCGAGAGUUUGGCAUGAUCCCGGUACUGCCAUCUUUUGCGGGCCACGUUCCCAGGGCGAUUGAAAGACUUGGAUAUAAGACAUCGAGGCUACACUGGGGAAAGUUUGAUGAGAAAUAUGGAAGCACGACAUUCCUCUUUCCCAACGAAACGUUGUAUCACAACAUCAGCGUGACAUUUCUGCGAGAGUACAUUAAAGAGUUUGGCACCGACCACGCUUACAGCGCGGACUUUUUCAACGAAAUGAGGCCUCCGGUGAACACCCCAGAAUUUAUAAGGUCUUGCGGAAGAGCUACUUUCGAAGCGCUCACGGCGGUGGACACAAGGGCUGUCUGGUUAAUGCAGAACUGGAUGUUCGUCAACGACAAGAGAAUGUGGACAAAGGACAACAUGAAGGCUUUGCUCACGAGCGUCCCAUUGGGACGAAUGAUUGUCUUGGAUCUAGAGUCGGAGCUCAAUCCGUGGUACAGACAAGCAUCCAUGUAUUUUGGGCAACCCUUCAUCUGGAAUAUGCUCCACAAUUUCGGAGGCGUCCUUGGCAUGUAUGGCAUGCUCGAUGCUGUUAAUACGGGCCCGUUCGUAGCUCGAAGCGCCAAUGGAAGUACCAUGAUUGGGAUUGGGCUUACGCCCGAAGGGAUUGAACAGAACGACAUUAUAUACGCCUUCAUGGAUGAGAACGACCUGAGGACGUCACCUGUCAAUGUAGACAAGUGGGUCGCUGACUAUGGGACCAGGAGGUACGGAAGAUCCAACGCACACGUCGCACUCGCUUUGCGGAUAUUGCGGCAUUCCGUCUACAAUGCCACACAACAAAAGAACCAUGGCAGGUGUGCCCUAACCUCUAGACCAGGGCUACGCAUCAAGAAUAAAGUUUGGUACAGUCCCAAGAAUGUCUUUGAUGCAUGGGCACUUCUCCUGGAAGCAGCGAAUGAUUCACGCAUUGCAUCCAUGAGCACAUUUAGGUACGACCUCGUCGACGUCACUCGCCAGUCCCUCCAGUUACUGUUUGAGAGGACGUACCACGAAUUCGUCGAGAGCUUCCACAAGAAAUCGCUCGAUAGGCUUAUAGAACUUUCGAUCAGAGGUCAACAAAUUAUGCUGGACAUGGAGCAAAUUCUAGCGUCCGAUCCCCAUUUUCUGCUAGGAAAUUGGUUGGAGGACGCGAAACGUUGGGGAACAACACGAAAGGAGGUCGGUAUCUACGAAUAUAACGCACGAAAUCAGAUCUCCUUAUGGGGUCCACGCGGGGAGGUGCUAGACUACGCAGCCAAGCAGUGGUCUGGCGUCUUCAAAGGAUAUUACCAUCCAAGAUGGAGGCUCUUCUUCCAGACGCUGGUGAACUGUUUGAUUGACAGGACGCCUUUUAAUAACACGCGCUUUCGGGAAGACGUGUUCACUGUUGAGGAAUCGUUCACGUUUCAAAGCGACUGCUAUCCAACGCAGCCGAAAGGAGACUCCGUUAGCAUCAGCGAAGAACUUCAUCGACAGUAUAUGCUCCCUCCACGAACAUGAACGCCAAGGUGGUUGAUGGAUAAUGAUACAGAGCGUCAACAAUAAAGCAUAUUCUUUGCGAAUAA